CGCAAAAACCCUCUCUUGCGCAAGAGCUGUUCUUCCUCAUUUUUUCAGAAGACAGAAGACAUGAUGUAGAAAAAAUACAUGCUGUCCCACAUACCAGGAACCCUAGCUCCCAUACCUAGGGAAACAAGCAUUAAAAAAAUUGUAAUAUACAGAUGUUUUGGAUGACAUGGCUUAGAAAGGACAUGAUAUUUCCAUUUUGCAUAUACAAAGAUGCUAAUUCAAUCUUAAUAUCUAGAACAAAUGCAUCUACCAAUGUUCUCCAAUUUCUGGGAAAGUAUACACCACCACCACAGCAUGACAAAAAGCUAGUGAAUCUAACCAUUCUGGCAACAGAAAUUUCCCUGCAUACUACAGAUACCAAAUCUGCCGUGCAUUAACCUUCCUGAUAACAAAAAUAUCAACAUACUAUACUAUUCUGAAAAGGCUAUGGGUGUUAGAAAUCAACAAGGCAUAUAAAGCAGAGGAGUAAGACUAAAUUACUACUAGAGACAGCAAACUAAAUCACUACAAAAUGCUGAACAGAUUCCACUGGUACUCCACCAAUUAGCUCCUAUCCUAAAGGCUGAUGAUAGCAAAAAAAGAUAGGGAUUUAGGCUAUGAGAUUGCCUCAAUAUAACAAAAUACUGGCUAGAAAUCUGCCUCCCACAAAAAAACCCCAACAAAACAAAACAAGUUAGACAAACGACUAUCAGCAAUUAUCUAAUUAUUAUGUCAGCCUGCUUUGAGUACAGGGGAGUAGACUACAUGACCUCUUGUGGUUCCUUACAGUUCUACACUUCCAUGAUAAUCUAAAUAGGACAAUGCAUGAAGUAAAGUACUUCUCAACAUGAGUAAGGGUAAAAGAAUCUAGCUGUGUGUAUGUGUGCUCGCAUGCACAAUGUAUAUAUAAAAUGCUAAAAAUCUGUCUGGCUUGCUGUCUAAAAAACAGCAGUACUAUUUUACCAUGUGCACUGUAAGGAGUUAUUGUUCUGCAUUCACUGUAAACAGCUUUGUCCUUUUCAUACUUGCAGCAGUAGCAGCAGAGAGAUUUCUCUUUAAAUGGAUUUGCUGACCCAAUGAAAAGCCCCAAUGUGACAAACAUGCCUGUGACGAUCAGUGAAACACAAUGUUAACGUUCCAGAAGGGGACAAAGCAAAAACACAAAACCAAAAAUCUGCUUGGGUCUGCACAUCUGACCAGUGUGGGUAUGGCACAAGGGGCUUCAAGGCAGAGGCAACUUUUUUUAGUGCAAUAGAUUCGAGCAACAGCAUGCCCAUGCCAAGACGCAGAUCUUCAUUCUUGGGGCAACAGCCAUCUUCCUCCAUGACUGAAAGCACUGGGGCUACCAGCCAAAGGUUAAGCAUUGGAGGUGGAGGAAGCCUACCAAGAUCUCGAGGUGUCUAUGUGGGUAUUGUCCCCACUGGAGGCAUGAGCAGCCUAGGGACCCGCGUGUCCCGUAGAGCCCUAGGAAUCAGCAGUGUCUUCUUACAAGGCCUGCGCAGUUCCUGUUCAGCUGUGCCAUUAUCUCAGGGGCUGGAGAAGGGAAGGGGCCUAUCCUAUGAAAGCCUGAACGGAAGCCUGGUGGAAUACAUAGAGAAAGUGAGAGCUCUAGAACAGGUCAAUCAAGAGCUUGAAGAGCAUAUCAGAGUCUACCUGGAAAAGAAGUCAUCCAAUGUCAACAACUGGGAAGCACUGAGAGAAAACUGGGAAACUAUCUAUCAUCAAGUGGGUGAUGCAGUCCUUGAAAAUGCUCGUCUUAUGUUACAGAUGGAGAAUAUUCAAGCCUGUGCUGAAGAUUUUAAAGAGAGAUAUGAAAAUGAGCAGCCAUUCAGAAAGGCAGUGGAAGAUGAAAUCAAUUCCUUAUAUAAAGUGAUUGAUGAUGCAAAUUUAACUAAAAUGGAUCUGGAGCAUCAAAUAGAAAGCAUGAAAGAAGAAUUAGGUCUGCUGUCAAAGAAUCAUGAAGAAGAUGUGAAGAGGUCAUACAAUCAGCUUGCUGGAUCUCAGGUCGAAGAACUGGAAGCUCCUAUUGGAACUGGCCUGGAUGACAUACUGGAAAAAAUCAGAAUUCACUGGGAGAAGGAUAUUGAGAAAAAUCAUGUUGAGUCAGGUGUCUUGCUUCAUGCCAAGCAAGCCACAGAAACAACACCUGCUGUACAAACCCAAGAGGAAGAACUGGUAGAAUCUCUAAGAGCAGAGUUUCAUGAAACAGCCUGCAAAAUACAGAGUCUUCAAGCAGAGACUGAAUCUUUAAGAACAUUGAAAAGGGGUCUGGAGAACUCCUUAUACGACGCUAAGCACUGGCAUGACAUUGAACUUCAGAACCUAGGCUCUGUUAUUACCAAGCUAGAGGCAGAGGUGCGAGAAAUCAGAGCAGAAACUGAGCAGCAGCAAAGGGAUCGUGAAACUCUGCUGUCCAACAAAAUACAGCUGGAGAAGGAUAUUGCUGCAUAUCACUGUCUUCUGGAUGCAGAAGAAAGAAGCUGAUUUUGAAAUUCCCUGUCCACAGAAGAUAAUGUUGGAAUUCAAAAGAUGUUACUGACAAAAACAUUUGUGGAAACCAUAAACCCAUCAAAGCAGCCUGCUUUAUCCAGUUUGAUCUAACAAUUGAAGUAGGUUGUAGCUUGAACAACUUUUAGUCGCUUCCUCAUGUUAGGCUUUGCUUACAGAUUUCAAGUUACCCAUGUUGUUAAAGUUAUAAUAAAAAUAAAUAAUUAGUUGUAAUUGUUUUUUUUUAAAAAAAACAUCCUUCUAUACUUUUCAUGGCUGCUGAAAAGUAGUAUUAACAGCAAGGAUCCUCUUUUCAAUCACAAAAUACCAUAAACUACCUCUUUUUACAAUACAUACCCAGUACUAUUUAUACUAUUCACCCACUAUGCAAAUAGUACGAACUGUAUUGUUACUAUAAUGAGUGGAAACUGCAGAUUUCCAUGUUGCUUCAUAAGAACUUGGGCUCAUUACUGUGAAAUGUAAUUUGCACUAACAAACUUGAAGCUGAUAAAGCACAAAAUUAAUUAGAUGC